CGAUAACAUGGGGUAAGCCACAAGGCACACUACACACCAGCUUGGCGUGUGCUGCAGGUAGUGUGUGGACUCUAACAAAUACACACCCGUGUAUAAAAAAUGUCGGUUAUUUUUAGCGUGGCCACGGUUGAGAACUUUGUCAUCAACAUCUAAGGCUGAUUUGUUGAUAGGCCUGUGCAUGAAACAAUGUAAGUAGUCAUGCAGAUUAAAGGUAGUUAGAAAUACAUGGUUAAGGUAGCAUUCAUUGUCAGGACCUACUUCCUGGUGACGGUAUCCUAAUAUGCCUUCAUGACCGUCUUAAAGUCUGUGAAGACAGUACAGACAGAGUAGUUCGUGUGAAGACACUAGACAGUACAGACAAAGUAGUUGAAAGGAAGAUGUAAACAAUAACCUAUAAAAUACGCUUGAACGGAGCUGUAAUAACAUAAUGACAUUGUCAGAAACAUUCGUCACGUGACACGAGUCAAGAAACUUUAGGUAAGGUAAGUAAGAUGUUAAAUUACACGCACACACACACACACACACACACAUAUUACGUAUUAAGGGGUGUUUUUCUCUCUAGAGCUUCUUUUGAGUUAUUUUUUUUAACCCACCCCCCACCCCCACCCCUCUUCUUCUCUUUGGUGCCGUAAAAAAAAAAUUAGACGGUGUAGGAUGAAAAGUUGUUCUGUUUUGAAAUUAUAAGGAAUGUGCCUGGACGUGACAGAGCUCGCUUCAGUCGGUUUCAUAACAGAUCUAAGUUAAAUACAAGCAGCAGGGUGCCUCCAGAGCAGGGUAACACCAAAAACAGGGUGCUCCAGAGCAGGGUGACACCAAAACAGGGUGACACCAGCAUAGGGUAACACAAAGAGGGUUACACCAGAUCAGUUCAGUGUUACAGGAGUGACAGUUCAGUGUUACUAACAGAAGUGACAGUUCAGUGUUACUAACAGAAGUGACAGUUCAGUGUUACUAACAGAAGUGACAGUUCAGUGUUGCUAGCCAAUAGAAUUGACAGUUCGUUUUUGCUAAAAGAAAUUGACACCUCAAUCCGUAACUUGGUUAAUCGCCUCCAUUACUUCUGUUUUACGAUUUGAUCAAAAGUGUUGUUUUUUUCCUCUUCAUAUAUAUGAUGCCUUUUUGCUACUGACAAUAUCUGAUGUCUUUUUGAUGGUGACAAUAUCUGAUGUCUUUUUGAUGGUGACAAUAUCUGAUGUCUUUUUGAUGGUGACAUUAUCUGAUGUCUUUUUGAUGGUGACAAUAUCUGAUGUCUUUUUGAUGCUGACAAUAUCUGAUGUAUUUUUGAUGGUGACAAUAUCUGAUGUCAUUUUGAUGGUGACAUUAUCUGAUGUCUUUUUGAUGGUGACAAUAUCUGAUGUCUUUUUGAUGGUGACAAUAUCUGAUGUCUUUUUGAUGGUGACAAUAUCUGAUAUUUUUUUGAUGGUGACAUUAUCUGAUGUCUUUUUGAUGGUGACAAUAUCUGAUGUCUUUUUGAUGGUGACAAUAUCUGAUGUCUUUUUGAUGGUGACAAUAUCUGAUGUCUUUUUGAUGGUGACAUUAUCUGAUGUCUUUUUGAUGGUGACAAUAUCUGAUAUCUUUUUGAUGGUGACAAUAUCUGAUGUCUUUUUGAUGGUGACAAUAUCUGAUGUCUUUUUGAUGGUGACAUUAUCUGAUGUCUUUUUGAUGGUGACAAUAUCUGAUGUCUUUUUGAUGGUGACAAUAUCUGAUGUCUUUUUGAUGGUGACAUUAUCUGAUGCCUUUUUGAUGCUGACAAUAUCUGAUAUCUUUUUGAUGGUGACAAUGUCUGAUGUAUUUUUGAUGGUGACAAUAUCUGAUAUCUUUUUGAUGGUGACAUUAUCUGAUGUCUUUUUGAUGGUGACAAUGUCUGAUAUCUUUUUGAUGGUGACAAUGUCUGAUGUAUUUUUGAUGGUGACAUUAUCUGAUGUCUUUUUGAUGGUGACAAUAUCUGAUGUCUUUUUGAUGGUGACAAUGUCUGAUGUAUAUUUGAUGGUGACAUUAUCUGAUGUCUUUUUGAUGGUGACAAUAUCUGAUGUCUUUUUGAUGGCGACAAUGUCUGAUGUAUUUUUGAUGAUGACAAUACCUGAUAUCUUUUUGACGGUGAUAAUACCUGAUAUCUUUUUGAUGGGGACAACACUGAUAUCUUUUUUAUGCUGACAAUACCUGAUAUCUUUUUGAUGGGGACAAUACCUGAUAUCUUUUUGAUGGGGACAAUAUCUGAUAUCUUUUUGAUGGGGACAAUACCUGAUAUCUUUUUGAUGGGGACAAUACCUGAUAUCUUUUUGAUGGGGACAAUAUCUGAUGCCUUGUUACUGCUGACUAUAUCUGAUGCCUUUUUGAUGCUGACAAUAUCGGAUGUCUUUUUUAUGCUAACAAGAUCUGAUAUCAUUUUUAUGAUCACAGUACCUCAGCAUUUUUUGAAAGCUAUAUUUUUACUUAAAGAAACGCGCCCCUCAAAAUUUGAACAGCGCCCCCACUUUAAAACCCCGAGACCCACUUAAAUCUUUGGUGGUUUUCACUGUCCUCCACUGAGCAAUCCACGACACCCUAAGCUCUCUGUGGCUGUAUCGCUCACUUGAGAACCUCUGCUGUGGAUUUGCUGUAGAUGAUGUUCAAACCUAAACAAUUUAUAUAUUUUACUUAACUGACACAUUCAUUGUUUGGUUUCAGACCCGAUCAUGUCCCCCUUGACACCAUUCAAAGGAUGCUUCCUACUUCUGUGGCUUCCUUUAUGUAAGUAAACUUGAAACUAACUUCUAAGUUGCAUGUCAUACAUUGUUACAAUGACUUCAAUGAACAAAAUUUUGAAAAAAUGUGAGAUGACAACUUAAUGAAAUUUUUGCUAUCGUGUGAAUAUGUCGCAGGUGUCUUCGGCUCCACGUUCAAAACAACAAUUGAAGAGGGACGAAGUGGCAUCUUUUCAUGCGCUGGUGGCAACCUGGCCUGGAACGUCACCUUUAGCGAUGGCACAAAGAUGACCGUGUGUAAGCAGGCGGUUUGCAUCAACAAGAGUUUGACUGGUUUGUUGUGAAUUUAAUAUUCUCUAGACAUCAAACCCAUCGCGUGAGUUUUAGAGGCCCCUGGUGCAACUUUACAGCUUUCUCUGCCCCCCCCCCCAACCAUCCCAACAUUGCAAGUUGAUCUUUUUUUUUUUACAUAACAUUUGAGCCAUUUAAUUCCUGAGACUCCUUGAUAGCGCAGGGGCUGCUGGGGCUGAAGGGGUUGACAAGUCCACGCUAGACAUCUGACGGGUACCUCAGUCAAGUAAAUAAUAGAUAAGGAUCAAAUGCUUAAAAGCUCGGGAUGAAACAAUCGAUAUCUGGUAAGACUGAAACAUCAUGAGUUUCAGCAAAAAUAUCUCCGAAAUAGUGUCAACAUUUUUGUUGUAAGCUAAAUGUAUGGGUGCUGUUGCGUUUCAUAAUAAGCUGAAAUGUUAUUUUCUGUAGCGCAUUUUAAAUAAAUCUUUCUUAAAUGACCUUUGUCCAGGUGUUGCGUACAGUGCUGUUGUGACACAGGGGAACAUUUAUUACCUCAACAUCUCUUCAAUUCUGCGGAACAUGACAAAGAUUUUGUGCAUCAGUUUAGAUCCUUAUCGUCUUAGAAAUACUUGGUUACUUGGCGUUGUAGGUAAGUUGGUACUUGUGAUAGGUCUAGAACUACUUGGUGACUUGGCUUUGUAGUUAAGUUGAUACUUGUGACAAGUCUAUAAAUACUUGGUUAUUUGGAGUUGUAUAGGUAAGUUAGUUUGUGCUCAUGGGUGUACUUGUGAUAAGUCGCCAUACCCAGUAAUUUGUUCAAUCAAAGGGAAGCAACUAGUAAGCGUGUAGCUUUGCUAACUUUAACAUUACAUUGUUUGAUGUCUCCAUUUGAUCUAUUUCUAAAUUAGGCUUAACGAAUAGUAAAAUGACUCAUUUGUUGUAUAACCAGGGACUUUGCAAGUAAACUCAUGUGUCCAGGCAAAUUCUUAACAUUAUCUUAAAAUUAUAUGUCUAUAUACAUAUUUCACAUACAUAAGGCCCGUUUUCGCAUGUCUAUAUACAUAUUUCACAUACAUAAGGCCCGUUUUCGCUCCCCGGCGGCUUUAUGGUUUUAUUGACGCGGACGGUUUCAGCGCCCCCCCCCUUUUUUUUUUUUUUUUAGCUCAAAUCGAUGUAACCAUCAUGUCAACUGCAAAAACACUAUGUUGUGUAGUCUAGUGCAGGCCUGCACAACUCAAAAUGUAAGGCGGACCGUAAUACUUUAUGAAAAAAUUACGCGGGCCGUAAUACUUUAUGAAAGACUUGCGCGGGCCGAACGAAAAUAGAACAAUUUGGAAAUCUAUUGGAAAAAAUUAUAAUAACAAAGAAUACUUCGUUACCUCGCGGGCCGCAAAGUUGGUGCUGGCGGGCCGAAUGUUGCAUUUUAGAGGAUGCUAUGUGGCAUUUUACGGGGUUCUAUGUGCCAUUUUAGGGGGUCCUAAGUUAAGAGAUGUCACUGGCAUGUACGUUAAAAUAUAAAUGUGUAUAUAUAUAUUUUUUUUAAUCCUUCAUUUCAUUUGAUGUAUUACGCCACAAAUUUUUUGUCUAAUUCAUCAUUCUCUUUCUUUUUCAUUUUAAGAAAAUUAAAGACUUGUUUUUUUCAUUUUGACAAUGUUUUGUUACUUUUGUCGGAGUGUGACGAUUAGUCGGACAAUUCGUAGGGGUGCAAAAUGUAGAUAAUGUUGAGAAAAAACAUUUUUUUUUUAGUCGCUGAAAGUCAAGCAUUCAGUGGCGUUAAAAAAUUGUUGUUGCUUUAUUCAUUUUUUGUUGCAUUAUUCAGUUCGUUACAAAAAAUAGUUCAAAGCAAUUUGGGGGGGGGGGGGGGGUGUUAAAUACGAAAAUAAUAUUAUUUCGGUAGUUAGGUCGAGCAGGCUAAUGUUUUUGUUGUUUUAUUGUUCCGUUUCGUUUCUUGGGGCGAGGUUCUUAUAUUUCGGUUCAUUAAAAAGUAAAUACAAGAUGAAUAUCUCGCAUAGUUUUUUUUUCCAAAUAAGUUGUUUUUUUUCAAUAAUAAUACAUGAACAUGUUAAGAGAAAUCUCUUCUCCAGUCAAGCAGUGGUGGCAUCAUUUCUAAAGACAUUGUUUACAUCAGCAGACCGAUACUCCUUUUAAUGAGUUUACAUUAAUUGUUUUGUUGUUUUUUAUAUAUAUAUUUUUAAACCUCUUUCCCCUCCCUCCCCCUAUCCCCCCCCCCCCCCCCCCCUGGCAUCAUUUCUAAAGACAUUUUUUACAUCAGCAGACCGAUACUCCUUUUAAUGAGUUUUCAUUAAUUGUUUUUUUGUUUUUUAUAUAUAUAUUUUUUAACCCCUUUCCCCCCCCCCCCCCCACCCCCCCCCCCCCCGCCCAUAGUGAGACCGUCAGUCCCUGUGUGUGGUACACCGGCCCUGACACCAGUCAGUAAGAACAACUACAUGAUUAAGACCACGUGUAAAACAACCGUCCAUCCACGGGCCAACUGCAGCGUGGUGGCAACGGUAAGUGAAUGAGACAGCCAACGACGGCUUAACCCGGGCGCAGGUUGUUGCUGUUUUUUUUUGUUUUUUGUUUUUUUUUUACAGAUGUUACAAAAAAAAGUUAACCUCGCCUUUCCAACAGUCCCACGCCCCCCCCCCCCCCCCCCCCCACCCGUGGUUCUUUAUUGAUUAAUGUGAUUAGUCGCCUCCCCCUAAAGUAAACAAAAUUAAACUAUUGACCUGAGUUCAACCGCCACGCAUGACACUCGAUGCGUGACAUCCUUUUUUCCACUCAGUAGGCCUACUAUUGAUAUAAAAAAUGUGGAGAUGAGAGGGGUGGUUGGGAAAAGGAAGCAGGACACACCAGAAGCAAACUGUGAAAGAGAGAUCAUUGGACCCAUCAAUCCCACGUGUAUCUGAACCUACAACUUUAGAGUAAAUAAACACAAAUCAACCGACGUAAUUGAGAUGGUCCACUUGAACUGUGGGCGCACAGUUCGCAAAAGCUAUCAAGACAUGUAAAGCUAUCAAGGCGCUGUAAAGCUAUCAAGGCGCUGUAAAGCUAUCAAGCGCUGUAAAGCUAUCAAGGCGCUGUAAAGCUAUCAAGCGCUGUAAAGCUAUCAAGGCGCUGUAAAGCUAUCAAGGCGCUGUAAAGCUAUCAAGGCGCUGUAAAGCUAUCAAGCGCUGUAAAGCUAUCAAGGCGCUGUAAAGCUAUCAAGGCGCUGUAAAGCUAUCAAGGCGCUGUAAAGCUAUCAAGGCGCUGUAAAGCUAUCAAGCGCUGUGAAGCUAUCAGGCGCUGUAAAGCUAUCACGGCGCUGUAAAGCUAUCAAGGCGCUGUGAAGCUAUCAGGCGCUGUAAAGCUAUCACGGCGCUGUAAAGCUAUCAAGGCGCUGUAAAGCUAUCAAGGCGCUGUAAAGCUAUCAAGGCGCUGUAAAGCUAUCAAGGCGAUGUAAAGCUAUCAAGCGCUGUAAAGCUAUCAAGCGCUGUAAAGCUAUCAAGGCGAUGUAAAGCUAUCAAGGUGCUGUAAAGCUAUCAGGUGCCGUAAAGCUAUCAAGCGCUGUAAAGCUAUCAAGCGCUGUAAAGCUAUCAAGGCGCCGUAAAGCUACCAAGCGCUGUAAAGCUACCAAGCGCUGUAAAGCUAUCAGGCGCUGUAAAGCUAUCAAGGUGUGUAAAGCUAUCAAGACAUGUAAAGCUAGCAAGACAUGUACAGCUAGCAAGACAGAUAACAGUGGGCCGUGCUUGGUCCACACCUCCCUACACACACAGCCAUAUUUGGCUCACACUUCACAGCACACGCAGCCAUGCGUGGUCCACACUUUACUACACACACAGGCCUACCUGGUCCACACUUUACUAUCUUAACCUCUCACCCAAUCACGAUCAACAAUCCUCAGUGAACAUUCACGCUCCCAACUCCAGUCCAUAACAGCGACCUGCAAGACAUCGAGCCGCGGCUAUUUCUAUUCGUCUCUUUCGCGUCGAUAGUUUAACUCAAUCUAUUUUGUAACAAACUCUUCAAAAUCUAUAUAAUUGAAAUUAGUCACCAGAAUAAGCUGGGAAAUCUCAUUAUUAAUUCAGCACCUGAGCAUUCAACAGACUCAGAGAUAAAUGCAUUGGAUCACUGUGACCUAAGUCUACUGAUCCUGUGGUCCAAGGAUACACACCACUGUCUACUGAUCCUGUGAUCCCAUAGGAUGCACACUAUUGUCUACUGACCAUGUGAUCCCAUAGGAUUCACACUACUGUCUACUGACCAUGUGAUUCCAUAGGAUGCACACCACUGUCUACUGACCCUGUGAUCCCAUAGGAUGCACAUCACUAUCUACUGACCCUGUGAUCCCAUAGGAUGCACACAACUAUCCACUGACCCUGUGAUCCCAUAGGAUGCACACAACUAUCCACUGACCCUGUGAUCCCAUAGGAUGCACUAUACUGUCUACUGACCCUGUGAUCCCAUAUGAUGCACACAACUAUCUACUGACCCUGUGAUCCCAUAGGAUGCACACAACUAUACACUGACCCUGUGAUCCCAGGAUGCAUACUACUGUCUACUGACCCUGUGACCCCAAGGAUGCACACAACUAUCUACUGACCUUGUGAUCCCAUAGGAUGCACACUACUAUCUACUGACCCUGUGAUCCCAGAAUGCACACCGCUGUCUACUAACCAUGUGAACAAGUGCUGACCGUAAGUCUAAACGUUGAAACAAUUCAUUAAGUAUACAUCCUUUAACACUGCAGGGUUCAUUUGAGACGUGGGAGUCGAAGAUUUCAUACGACGACCAAAAGUCAUUGUAUACGGGCCUCUACACCACAAAGUGCACCACAUCUCAGUAUGUCUACUCGGAGUCCUUUGACGGGUUCGCAAGUUUCAAGGCUACAGUGUACCCCGAUGUCUUGCAAGGGGAAAACUUCCAAGUCAGCAAUGAGUGGAGAACCUGGUUCCCAGGAGGUAUUGAUUACAAACCUAAGCAAUGCACUUAACCCUAAAAAUAAAUAAAUCACCGUUCUUUUUCCCCAACCUCCACCCAACUUCCAAACUUUGCAUGGUCGUCCGACAUCUCAUCCCCUGUAAAGUAUUUGUAAUGGAUGGUCUUAUUUAUUUAUUUUUUCUUGUUUUUUUUUACAUUUCCCAAGCGCCGGCCAAUCCCCAGGUGGUGUCCUUCAUGGCCAAUGAGCAGACUGGUUCCUUGGAAGCUGCCGUAGGAAGUGACGUCACAUUCAUCUGUAAAGGGAUUGGUCCACCCGGCACGACCCUGACCUUGUACAAUUCUUCAUUCUACGACCUCGUGAUGAAAAGUGGUGACGUUGAUGAGGAUUUAGUUUACGUUGUAAGAAAUGUCCAGUGUGUGGCAACGUACACCAUCAAAUGUGUGGCAGGCGGCGACAUCACAACAGCCAGUGAGAUUAAAGUUGGGGUCCUGAGAUGUAAGUUAUGGUCUUAGACCAGGUGUUCUCAACCUGUGGGUCGCGUCCCCUUUUUUUUUGGGGGGGGGGGGGGGGAAGUACACAGGUUGUCGCCUAGACCAUCGAAAAACGCAUAUUUAUGAAGUAUCAACGAAAAUAAUUUUAUCUGUUGCGUGUCACCACAAUAUGAGGUACUGUAUUAAGGGUCGCGGCAUCAGGAAGGUUGAGUUGAGAACCUCUGGUCUUGACUUAUAGAGCAGUGCUCCCCCCAAACUUUAAGAGUUUGGUGAAACCUUGACAAAAUUUUCACAUUGCAAAUAUUUGUUGUUGUUAAGAAGCUUUGAAUUGAGACUUAAACGAAGAAAAAUUUAACUUAUUUUACCAGUCAAUUGAUUCAUUAUAUGCGGAAAGGCAACCAAAGGCUCGCGGAUCGGGUGCAAGGCUGCGGACUACUACUUUCGAAAAAUAAAAUUCUAGCCUAGAAUAUCUGUUGACCUAAAUUUUUGAGAGCCCUUUUUAAAAGAUUUUUUUUUCUGAAAUAACAUGAUAUGAGUUAACAAGAUAAAAUAAUAUGGCUAAUGUAACUGGAUAUCAAAGGUAUCUUUUCAAAUAUCCCUUUCUGACCAGGUCCUUCCACCGAAUGCUGUGACAAUGACAUGAUUUUACCCUUAGUCAUAACACUAACCACUGCCACAAUAGUGACACUGAUCAUCGUCCUGUGUUGUAUUCGACUACGGCGACGUUUGUACAAGCAACAGGCUGGCACUGCUGAUCGGGGAGGCAAUCGUUUCGAUACCGACUACCCGUACGGUAUCGCCCCACCCUCCUACCAUGAGGUGUUUCACACCAACGCGGCAUUCGAAUCUCGAUCUGACCUCACGUUGCCAGACUACGCCUCCCUACCACCUCCUUACGCUGAUGUUGUCCAGGUUACCGGGCCCAGUGCUCCUUUAGGUACGUGUAGUGAAUUGUCAAGUAUGUGCAGUGAAUAGUCAGGCACACACAUAGAAUAGGCAGGUACAUUUAAUGAAUAGUCAGAUAUCUGUAGUGAAAAGUCAUUUAUGUGUAAUGAAUAGUCACGUACGUCUAAUAAAUAGUCAGGCUCGUGUGAUGAAUAGUCACGUACGUCUAAUAAAUAGUCAGGUUCGUGUGAUAAAUAGUCACAUACGUCUAAAAAUAGUCAGGCUCGUGUAAUCAAUAAUCACAUACGUCUAAUAAAUAGUCAGGUUCGUGUAAUAAAUAGUCACAUACGUCAAAUAAAUAGUCAGGUUCGUGUGAUCAAUAAUCACGUACGUCUAAUAAAUAGUCAGGUACGUGUGAUGAAUUGUCAGGUAGGGGUGACGAGUAGUGAAGUUCCAUUAAUGUUGAAUAAGAAAAUUUAUGGAUUAGAAAUCGGUGAGAUUGUUGUACUUUAUCUUUAGAUUAACAUUUUUAAUGAUCCCUCAAGCUUCCCCACGUGUCUCCUCCAGAGGCGUUGUGAGGGGGCAGGGGGGGGACAGAUGUCCCCUGGCGCAAGCUAGUUAGGGGCGCCAAAAUGUGCCUUGAUAUUACAUUAUUGGUAAAAAUAAUGGGUUUGAGUGUUGAAAAAAAAAUGGGGCACCUUAAAAUGGAUCUUGUCCCCGGGCGCCAAACACCCUCGCUACGCCUCUGGUCUCCUCAAGGUCCCCUCUGCUCUGAUGGCGGCCUGGACUGAUGUUAUGCCUGCUCUGAUGGUAUGCCUGCUCUGGUUGUACCUUCCUUUGUAUUUAUCUCUCAUGAAACAGAUUCGAGCGAGUUAUAUAUCAAAAUUGCAAUCCCCCCCACCCCUUGAGAAUGUCACCCGGGGAGUCCGCACCCCCUACUGACGCUACUGUUUAACAUAAAUAUAGAUCUAGCCCGGUUUGAUUUUGACUGUAUAAUUUUGUGGCUUUUCUUUUUUUUUUAUAUCUACCAGAGCCUAGAGUCCAAGCGGAGCCACCACAUGGAGGUCACGCCCCUGCUGCUUAUCCAACAUUCAUGCUAUGACGACGCCAGCGUGUGAUGUGUAAAGUAAUCCCAUUGUUAGCUUACCUUUCUGCUGCAGCUACAAAGUCUAACGUACAAAUAUCGUCUGCACAACCUGUCUGAAACAAAUGGCACCUGCACAUUUCCGGUUAAAUUGAGUUAUGGUAUGGUGACUUAGAAAUUAAAUUAACUUUUUUUAAACAAACAGGUCUCAUUCCUUUAAAAAAAUUAUAAGUUUAUUCCAUUUCUUUUAAAAAGAAAUGUGUUUACGAUAAAAUGAACAUUCCAUUGGAACGAUUAAAUAAAGUUUUAUGAAAAGUUGUCUCGAUGUCUCCUGUCAUGAUCAACAGAGACGGUGUUAGGAAAAUGGAAGAAUGAGUACUCGUUUUAUCAUGCAAUUUGUUUUGUUUUUUUCUAAUUUCAUCCAAAAAGACAAAUUAUUAAACAGCACAAGCAGUAAAUGAAUUAAUUUGGAACGCACCAGCGGAGUCCCAGAAAUCAACAAAUCCUAGAAGAUUUGAUGACGGCACAGAAAAUUUUUUUUUUUUUUUUUUUUUUUUUUUUUUUUGAAAACACACCAACACAAAGAAUCUGUUUAAUUCGUUUGGUCAAACAGUUAUUCACCGUGGCCAUUAAAACACUGGAGGCUUUCCUCAGACAGGUGGCCAUUAAAACACUGGAGGCCUUCCUCACUCAGGUUUUCAAUUAUUUACACAACAUCAAGAACGAAAACUUUUUUUUUUUAAAUAACUAAAAAAAUGUUACACAUUUGUUCGUCUUUCAAACAGAAAUGGCAUCGUCCACAAUUUGGGCCCUAAUACUGUAUGGAUGUGUUUUAAGUGAACGUCGCUCUGGUCCCUUGACAUUAUCUUCUGGGUUGGUGUGUCAACCAGGCCACGUCAAAUCUCAAAUAUUUAUCAAACAAUGUAUGUAAUUUUUUUUUAAUAUCUCUAAGCUUCAAUUACAAGGCGAAAUACACAUUCACACUUUUUGUCUGAUUUCCACAGUGUAUUUUAUAUCAACUGUACAUUUAAUAUUGAACUGUAUAUAUAAUCUUUACUGUAUUUGAAUUUCAACUAUGGAUAUAAUCUCAAUGGCAUGUAUAUCGAAUAUUUGUGCAUAUUUUAAGUAUCAAUUCAACAUCAGCUCAACUGUGUAGAUCAAGUCAAUUGUUUAUCAACUUUAGCAUCGGCUGAGCAGAUGAUUGUAACCAAAAGUCACAAUAAAAUAAAGGGUUCGCCCUUUCCUGUAACAAUGACGUAGCUGGUUAUAUAAAUGGUAACGCAGGCGUCGAAAUGGGUGAGGGUCAGAGGUCAUUGGUGAUUGGGUUGUUGUCAUCUAUUAAACAUGGUUUUUGGAGGUCAAAAGAAACUUUUUAAUUCGAUAACUUGAUAAUAUUGAUACUUUAGGCUUGUACUAGGAUAGUAUAAGGGAUGGGGUGGGUGGUGGUGUUCAUGUCAAAUGUUUGUGAUAGAACUUCUGAAAUGUGUAUGUGAGAUAGAACUAGUGAAAUGUUUGUGUGAGAGUGAGAUAGAACUGAUGAAAUGUGUGUGUGAGAGUGAGAUAGAACUAGUGAAACCUUGUUCGUAAAACCGGUGACAUCGCCAUUACAUAUUAAGAAAGAGUCGUGUCAUAAUUUACUAUUGUUUUAUUAUUGGCCAGUGGCAAAGAAGGGAAGUAAUGUGCUGGGUGAGGAUGGUGGGAGAGAACCACCAACUCUCUAAAAUAAACUACAAUCAUGUACAUGCAGUCUUAAUGUAAAAAAAAAUUAAUUUUUAAAAAAUG